CACAGGUGCCCUGGGUACUGGCUGCUGAGCUGCUGUCUUUCUCAUUAAGGAACUUUACCGAGGAUAUAUUGGCAUCUGCCCGGAAUAUGCCCCAUAACAGCAUGAGAUCGGAACUCAUCUCAGAGAGGGGCUGCACAGGACCCACCAGCUCACUGCAUAUAGGUCAUGGAGGCUUGAAUCAGCUAGGUGGGGCAUUUGUGAAUGGGCGCCCCCUGCCAGAGGUAGUGAGGCAAAGGAUCGUCGACCUGGCUCAUCAAGGUGUGCGUCCCUGUGACAUCUCACGGCAACUGAGGGUCAGCCAUGGGUGUGUCAGCAAGAUACUCGGCAGUAGGUACUAUGAGACAGGCAGUAUCCGUCCAGGUGUCAUUGGGGGUUCCAAGCCCAAAGUUGCCACUCCUAAAGUGGUAGAAAAGAUUGGAGAUUACAAGCGGCAGAAUCCCACCAUGUUUGCCUGGGAGAUCAGGGACCGUCUGCUAGCAGAAGGAGUGUGUGACAAUGACACUGUGCCUAGUGUCAGCUCCAUCAACAGAAUAAUCCGCACCAAGGUCCAGCAGCUCUUUAAUCUGCCUAUAGAGAGCUGCGUAAAGUCAUUAAGCCCUGGACAUACGCUGAUACCCAGCUCAGCCGUAACUCCUCCUGAGUCUCCACAUUCCGACUCGCUUGGAUCUACUUAUUCUAUUAAUGGCUUAUUGGGAAUUGCUCAAGCCAGCUCUGAUGGGAAACGAAAGCUAGAUGACAGUGACCAGGACAGCUGCAGACUCAGCAUUGACUCCCAAGGUAGUGGUGGACUUAGCAGGAAGCAGCUUCGCACGGACGCCUAUGGACAACAUCCUUUGGAUGGACUUGAAUGUCAUUUUCAGAGACAACAUUUUUCAGAUUCCUACCCCUCUUCCAGCCACAGCAAAGCGGAGCAGGCUUUGUAUCCCUUACCGCUGCUUAACAACGCAAUGGAUGAUGGAAAAUCCGCUCUGACCUCCAGCAAUGCUACACUCAGCAGAAACCUCACCGCACACCAGGGAUAUUCUGCAUUGUCUGAACUAUCUGCAUUCUCCAUAAAACAAGAGACAUCAGACAGUUCCAGCACUAGCUCCACCCCUUCAUCAUUAUAUAGCCCCACCUUCCUGGAUCUUCAGCCAAUCAGCUCAGGAGCUUCAGUCCAACCCUUCAGUGCCUUUUCCCACUCUGCACCUGUUUAUGGACAGUUCACCAGCCAGGCAGUUCCAGGGCGUGAUAUGGUUGGAUCCACACUGCCCGGGUACCCCCCACACAUACCAAGUGGCCAAGGAAAUUAUGCAUCGUCUGCUAUUGCUGGAAUGGUAGCUGCAGGAGGCGAUUACUCUGGAAAUGCAUACAGCCACGGAGCAUACGCUGCGUACGGAGAGAGCUGGCGUUUCCCCAGUUCCAGCCUUCUUAGCUCCCCAUAUUAUUACAGCUCCACUGCAAGGACUGCGCCGCCUCCCACCCCCGCGGGGGCUUACGAUCUCCUGUAGUGUCUACCAAACCUAAUAGUCUAUCUCAAGCAACAGGGAAGUUGGACCUUGGGAGUGCUGCUUAAUGAUGGGCAAAAGAACUCAUCUCCAUGCCAACCCAAAGAUAUCUGGGAUGAGUGACAACAAAAGCAACUUUAUUCUGUUUGGACAAUCCUUUAUCUUCAGCACCUCUGAGCUCUCCGAAAGAUAUGGUACAACCCGUGGGAUCCACCGUUUACUUCAACAGCGUACACGGAUACCGAGUUUCCAUCUUUAUGUUACGUUGGCAGAAACCACAGUGCAUGGAAAAAUGUAUAGGCGAAUACAUCUCCAUAUGUGUAUGUGCACUGGCAUAUUGAUGGUGCUAGCAGCAAUAUUAACAAUGCACCAUUGAGUGUUUAAAGGGUGGCCACAGACAAAUCAAUUGUAGAGAAGUGGCUAUGACCUAACUUAGUGUCCGCUGUAUAAUU